GAAGUGGUGAUCUAGAAGCUGAUACCUGUAGAGCAUCACAUUUUCCUGGAUGUGGGAAAUGGAGGGUCCCUGGGAGAGAAACCAAGAAUUCAGGUACCAGCCAUCCAGGCAGUGCUCGAGCUGCAGAAACUGACACCAGCCCUCAAAGGACCUGGACCUCUGGCCCAACCUUCCCCAGUGGCUUUCUCUGUAUUAGCUGCUUCUGCACCAGAUACUUUCAGCUGCAACUCCCUGCAGGGUGGGGCACCCCUCUCAGCCAGAAGGUUUUGGUGCCCCCCACUGACCCUACACCCCAGGGCUGCUGCUGCUGCCUGUCACCUCAGGAUGAAAGGGGAGACCCCUGUGAACAGCACUAUGAGUAUUGGGCAAGCACGCAAGAUGGUGGAACAGCUUAAGAUUGAAGCCAGCUUGUGCCGGAUAAAGGUGUCCAAGGCAGCAGCAGACCUGAUGACUUAUUGUGAUGCCCACGCCUGUGAGGAUCCCCUCAUCACCCCUGUACCCACUUCGGAGAACCCCUUCCGGGAGAAGAAGUUCUUCUGUGCCCUCCUCUGAGCUGCCCUGUCCCUCCUCACAACUCCCCACCUUUCCCUCUCCUGGGCCCUUCCUUAGGUCAGUAACUGUUGUAAGCCCGUGAGGCUCCCUGCAUCCCAUUCCUAACCUUUCCCAACCAUAUGAGGUUAUCUGAAGCACAAGGCCCUCCCUCGCCUGUCAACCCCAUUUCCUCACCCUCUGACACGGGGCACCCUUUGCUCCGCCCACAAAAGGGCCCCCAGUCAGGCUCUGCCAGCGUCCUGCCAGUUUCCCUCUGUGACCCGCUCAGACAAUGGAGAGAGGGAUGGGCCAGGUGCUUGCUUUCGAUCUCACCUGGAGCUAUUGGAAGGGUAAAGCCAUUUGAAGAAUAAAGUCAUCCAGAGCCUCAG